AUUCUUUACAGCCCAGACAGAGGAGGCAAAUAGCCCCUGGGAUGGGCUAGUUGCCUCAGCUGGGGAUGCCUCAGCAGAGGCAGGGGCAGGGGCAGCUGGAAAGGUGGCACUGCACUUGAGUCGCUGGAGCUGCCACUGUUCCUAGGAGACCGAGGAGCAGCAAGCCUGCGGGGGAGGGGAGCAAGUGGGUUGCUGCUUUUAGAAGCUGAAAGGGCUGCAGGGAGCUCUGGGUAAGACAUUUUCUGCUGUCGCUGUUUCUGCGGUAGAAGCUGCCGCGAGUAAGUCAGAGGAGGGAGGAUCGAGAGGGAGGAGGCUUCAGUUGCAGCCAUGCUGAAUCACUGUUGCUGAUCAGAUCUCCCGCUAGUCUGCUGGGAGAACCGAGAACAGAGCUAGGAUUCCUGGGUGCGGGCACAGUUCAGUGGCUAAUACCCCAGCUGGGCCUCACACAAUGGAGGGUGAAAGCAUCAAGCUGAGCUCCCAGCCCCGGACACAGGCUGGGGAUGAUGAGAAGAACCCAAGGACAAUCAUCGUCAACCCUGCCCACAUGGGGAAGGCGUUCAAGGUUAUGAAUGAAUUGCGGAGUAAACAGCUGUUGUGUGACGUGAUGAUUGUGGCAGAAGAUGUCGAGAUAGAAGCCCACCGUGUGGUCCUGGCAGCCUGCAGCCCCUACUUCUGUGCAAUGUUCACAGGUGACAUGUCUGAGAGUAAAGCCAAGAAGAUCGAAAUUAAGGAUGUGGAUGGGCAGACACUGAGUAAGCUGAUUGACUAUAUCUAUACUGCCGAAAUUGAGGUGACUGAAGAGAAUGUUCAGGUACUGCUCCCAGCAGCCAGCUUGCUGCAGCUCAUGGAUGUUCGCCAGAACUGCUGUGAUUUCCUACAGUCUCAGUUGCAUCCCACCAAUUGCCUGGGCAUCCGUGCCUUUGCAGACGUGCACACCUGCACUGACCUCCUGCAGCAGGCCAAUGCCUACGCAGAGCAGCACUUUCCAGAGGUGAUGCUGGGGGAAGAAUUUCUUAGCCUAAGUCUGGACCAGGUAUGCAGCUUGAUAUCCAGUGAUAAGCUGACCGUUUCUUCGGAAGAGAAGGUGUUUGAAGCUGUGAUUUCAUGGAUCAAUUAUGAGAAAGAAACUCGUUUAGAGCACAUGGCAAAGCUGAUGGAACACGUCCGACUCCCUCUCUUACCUAGGGAUUACCUAGUCCAGACAGUUGAAGAAGAAGCUUUGAUAAAGAAUAACAACACCUGUAAGGAUUUCCUCAUCGAGGCCAUGAAAUACCACCUGCUCCCUCUGGAUCAGAGGCUUUUAAUUAAGAACCCAAGGACCAAGCCCAGGACUCCAGUCAGCCUUCCCAAGGUAAUGAUUGUGGUUGGUGGCCAAGCACCCAAGGCAAUCCGCAGCGUGGAGUGCUAUGAUUUUGAGGAGGACCGCUGGGAUCAGAUCGCUGAGCUUCCGUCCCGGAGAUGCAGAGCAGGUGUGGUGUUCAUGGCUGGCCAUGUGUAUGCCGUGGGCGGGUUUAAUGGCUCACUGCGGGUACGGACAGUGGAUGUGUAUGAUGGUGUGAAGGACCAGUGGACGUCCAUUGCAAGCAUGCAGGAACGCCGGAGCACGCUUGGCGCAGCGGUGCUCAACGACCUGCUCUAUGCGGUGGGAGGAUUUGAUGGCAGUACUGGCCUAGCAUCGGUGGAAGCCUACAGCUAUAAGACCAACGAGUGGUUCUUUGUGGCCCCCAUGAACACACGGCGGAGCAGCGUGGGCGUGGGCGUUGUGGAGGGGAAGCUAUAUGCUGUUGGGGGUUACGAUGGGGCUUCCCGCCAAUGCCUGAGCACCGUGGAGCAAUACAACCCAGCGACCAAUGAGUGGAUAUACGUGGCAGACAUGAGCACUCGCCGUAGUGGUGCAGGAGUUGGAGUGCUCAAUGGACAGCUGUAUGCCACAGGUGGGCAUGAUGGGCCUUUGGUGAGGAAGAGUGUUGAGGUUUAUGAUCCUGGGACAAACACCUGGAAGCAAGUGGCCGACAUGAACAUGUGCCGGCGCAAUGCAGGGGUGUGUGCAGUGAAUGGGCUCCUGUAUGUGGUUGGAGGGGAUGAUGGAUCUUGCAACUUGGCUUCGGUGGAGUACUACAAUCCCAUCACAGACAAAUGGACACUACUGCCAACUAACAUGAGCACAGGGCGGAGCUAUGCAGGUGUUGCUGUGAUUCAUAAGUCCUUGUGACCUAAACUCCCGUGGCCAGGAGGUGGAGGAAGGAGCAGGUACUGCCUGUGACUCAGAACAGUGGGACCUCAGUGGCUGGAUUCAUCUCGCCCUGGGAAGUCUGUGGUGGUACGAGAGCCACUCUCCUCUGACUUUGCAGAAUGGUCACAGUGUGGACUGUCACAGUGUGGACAUUGGUGGCUGCUGGUGACCCUCCCCCCUGCUCCC